AUGCCUGAUUCUGUAGUCUCUACUGGAACGACAACUGGUAGUACUAACACUACUCCUGGAAUUGAUUUCAAUCACCCCUAUUUCCUCACAAACUCAGAUGCACCGGGUAUGACCCUCGUUAAUGGUAUCUUUGAUAGCAAAGGAUACCAGGCAUGGAAGAGAUCUGCAUUCAUUGCCCUUUCAGCAAAGAACAAGCUGGGUUUCAUUACAGGGGAUCAGCCUGCACCAGCUGUUGGUUCUUCAGAUCUGCAUCUAUGGAGCAGAUGUAAUGACAUGGUUACUUCAUGGUUGCUCAACUCUCUCUCCAGGGAAAUUGCUGAUAGUGUGAUUUACUCCAGAUCUGCUAGAGAACUUUGGCUCAGCUUGGAGCAUCGAUUUGGUCAGUCAAAUGGUGCUAAACUCUUUCACCUGCAAAAGGAAUUAAGCAGGUUAGUUCAGGGAAACAAUAACAUAGCAGGAUAUUUCACUAAUCUUAAAAGACUCUGGGAUGAACUAGACUCUUUAAAUUCAAACAUCAAAUGUUCAUGUGUGUGUGUCUGUCAAGGAAAACAUAAAAUGGAGAAAUCUAUGGAGGAUGAAAAGCUUAUUCACUUCCUUAUGGGGCUCAAUGACACUUAUGCUCAGGCUAGAGGAAACAUCUUAAUGAUGAAUCCACUUCCUGACAUCAACAUUGCAUACUCCUUGAUCUUGCAAGAUGAAAAUCAGAGGGAGACUUACAUGAGUCCUUUUAUGCCCUCUGAUUCAUCAUCUUUCAUGGUGAAUAGUAACAUGAAUCAGCAUAGAGGAAGGCAGCCUCAACAAUUCACUGGUAACACAUUCAGAUCUGGAAAUACAUAUCCUAGAAAUGACAACUCACAAGGCUCACAGAAACCUCAAAAACAGUUUCAGAAAUUCAAAGGAAAAAAAGGAAAAUAUGAUCCUAAUGCAAACUGCACCCACUGUGGAAAGAAUGGACACUUGAAGUUGAACUGUUAUAGAUUGAUUGGGUUUCCAGAAGACUUUCAGUUUACAAAUGAAAAGGGAAGUCAUGGUCAAAUAAGAGGAAAUGCAGUGGUCAACAUGGAAGAGGCAGAAGUUGGAUCCACUACUCAUGCUAUCAAUCAACAUUUCACUCAGGAACAAAUCAAUUUUCUGUUUCAAAAUGGGAAAGAGCUACUUCAAGCUUUCACACAGAUGAAGGUGGAAGAUAAGACCAACUUCUCAAAUGCUUCUGAGAUCAAUGCAAAUGUUGUAGCUGGUACACUAAUGAAGUAUUUUGGUUCCUGUUUCUCUGUUUUCAAUUCAAAUACAUGGAUUGUAGACUCGGGUGCUUCAGAACAUACGUGUUUUAAUCCUGAUUCUUUCUUAUCUAUGUCCCCCCUUACAGUUCCUCUAAACAUCAAUCUUUCUAAUUCAGAAUCUAUCAAUGUUACUCAUACUAGUGUUGGCCUUUCCAUGAAGAAUCCUCAAGUUUUUGGUAAGGCUAAGGAGGGUCUCUACUUGCUUCAGCCAAAUCCUAAGAAGUCUAUUCUUCAGUCAACUGAUUCCCAAUCUGUUUCUUUUCCUUUUUCUGUUUGUUCUAGUGCACUUUCUGAUUUUGAUGCAAAGGUAAAGAUAGUGAGAUCAGAUAAUGCUCUUGAGCUAGGGAAAAGUGAAGCAGGUCUCUGUUUCUUCAACUCCCUUGGCAUAAUUCAUCAGACCUCUUGUGUUGCUUCCCCUCAACAAAAUGGUAUUGUUGAAAGGAAGCACAUACAUCUACUUGAGACUGCCAGGGCACUUAUGUUUCAAUCAAAAGUUCCUAUGAUUUAUUGGGGAGAGUGUAUCUUAACAGCUACUUUUCUUAUUAACAGGUUCCCAUCCAAAGUUCUUGAUGGCAAGACACCUUUUGAAUUGAUUUUUGGGGAAACCCCUUCUUAUCAUUUCUUAAGACAUUUUGGUUGCUUAUGUUAUGCUAAUACUUUGAGUCAGGGGAGAGGUAAGUUUGACUCAAGGGCCAGAAGUUGUGCACUUCUGGGCUAUCCUAUAAAUCAGAAAGGUUACAAGUUAUUGGACUUGCAUACUAAAAAGAUUUUCAUCUCUAGAGAUGUGCAUUUUGUUGAGCAUAUCUUUCCUUUUGCUACUGCACAGUACGUUCCUCCUAUUUUUUCAAAACAUCUUAUUGAUUCUGAUUUUUUUUCUUCUCCAUCUACUCCUCAGACUUCUACCUCUCCUAUUUUUCCUUCUUUGGAUCCAAUUUUGGUAUCCUCUCCUCCUUCUAACCUAUCUGAACCUGCUGUGGCUUCUCCCACCCCUGUUCCUCCUCUCAGAAGGUCCUCUAGGUCUAUAUUAGGGAAAACUCCUUCUCAUCUGCAAUCUUAUAACUCUUACUGA